AAAAUCAUCUCUAUACCCAAACUAUAAAAAAACACUCUCCCCUAAAUCUUCUACUCCAUUCCAUUGCAUGAAAAUCCCAAACCCAUAGAAACAACAAAAAUGGGUUUGCAAAGCCAGCUAUCCGACGUGUCAUCAGAAUCCACCCUCAUCCUCGCCGUCGUCCUAAUCGGAAAAAGCGUACGUUAUCUCCGAUCCCUACUCUCCACUAUCCUGCGCACAAUCGGCGUAUUCUCCACCAGCUUUGACCCCAAUUCCAUCGGCUCAUUAAACGACGUCGCGGGGUCCGGUCUGGCCGGAGUCAUCCUCCUCUGCGAGCAGUUGAAUCUGAACCGGGCGCAUUCCUACGCGAACCGGCCGGGUGACCGGUCCGGUUCGGAAUGUGUGGUGUGUCUGAACCGGUUCGCGGAGGGGGAGAGCCUGCGCAAGUUAGCGUGCUGCCACGUGUUCCACAGGAAUUGCUUGGACGGCUGGCUCGGUCAAAUGAAUUUCAGCUGCCCGCUGUGCCGCGCGCCGCUUGUGACCGAAGAGCGAGUGCAGAGCACGCGGAGGCGCGUGGGCGGUGACGUCAUGGCGUGGUUUUGCAACGGUAGUUUUGAUCUUUGACUUCUUUAUUUUCUUUUUAUUUUUUACGUCUUUGUUUGUUGAAGAGUCGCGUGGAAUGUCGAUGGCUCUUCCCUAUUUUUAAAAUAAUUCAUGAAUAUAUUGCAUUUAAAGCUA